CAAAAAAAAACACAAAAAACAAAAAAAAUACAGUGCAUGCAUAGGUGUCCCUCUAUAUACCCACCUAUAUUUCCGAUCACAGUGCACUCACCACUUUGUUUCUUCUUCCGCUGCUUCUCAUCCUCUGUCUCACUUGCUGCUAAACUUUUUACAUAACAAUUCAUUUUGUAGCAAGAGAAGUAAGCCAUGGAAGCAAUAAUAUCCUCUUGUUCUUCACCCAAUUUUUGCCAAGAAAACCUAGGCACAUUUCAACAACGCCUCGAAUUCGUAUUUCACAACAGGCCUGAAUGGUGGGUGUAUUCGAUUUUCUGGCAACCCUCCAAAGACAGUAAUGACCAAGUUUCUUUGUCAUGGGCUGCUGGCGAUUUCCGAGUUAAUAGUGACUUGGCAUCCAAGAGAAGCAACAACAAUCACCAACCCAAAUUUGGGUUCAACAAGAAGGUGACUAGCAGAGAAGCUGAAGAAGCUCUUUUCGAUGAAGACAUGGUGGAGUUGGAGAUGAGGCUGGUGGAUCAUGGAGAUGUCACUGGCUCUGAGUGGUUUUACUUUUACAGUGUUUCUUUAACCCAGUCGUUUGCAGCAGGCCAUGCCACCAAUAAUAUUCUGGGCCGAGCAUUCUGUUCUGGUGGUUUUGUUUGGCUUGCAGGUGCUCAUGAGCUUCAAUUCUAUGAGUGUGAGAGAGUGAAAGAAGCUAGAAGGCAUGGAAUUCAAACUUUGGUUUGCAUUGCAACUCCGUAUGGGGUGCUUGAAUUGGCUUCUUUGGAUGUGAUCAAAGAAGAUUGGGGCCUUGUGCAUCUAUCAAAAUCACUCUUUAGAUCAGAUAACAGCAACAACAACAGGGUCUCGCAGCAACAGGGCAGCCGUCAGGGCAAUGUGCUUGCUCCUCUUCUAGAAAAGGGGAUCUUCUCAGGAUCUCAGAAGGAACUGGCCAGACAAGCAGCUGGUACAAAGGAAGCUGCACCUAUCACUAUAGGUGGAUCAUCACCAGAAUCACUCUCUGGCUCUGUUGGAAACUUCACAUGUGAGAAUACAGAAAACACUCGAUCGAAAAAGAGACGCAGAUCAUCGAACAAUGGGGCUAGUAGAGAAUCAUCAUUGUUAAACCAUGUUGAGGCAGAGAGACAGCGGAGAGAGAAGCUUAACCAUCGAUUUUAUCUCCUCCGGUCUGUUGUUCCCAAUGUCUCCAAAAUGGACAGAUCCUCUUUACUUGCUGAUGCUGUGGCAUACAUCAAUCAGCUGAAAGCAAAAGUUGAGGAAUUGGAGCUCAAAACACAAGCACAACCUCAAAAUACUGAAAGGGUUAGCGUUAAUAAUCUUGACAAUCAGUGCAGCCAGAGCACCAGCUCCAUAGUUGAUCAUCAUAAUCAUCAUCAUCAUUCAAGUUAUAAUAAUAGAACAGCUGUGCCAGUGGAAGUGGAUGUGAAGAUCAUGGGCUCAGAAGCCAUAAUACGAGUUCAGUGUCCGGAUCAAGACUACCCGUAUGCUCGAUUGAUGAACGCCCUCAAAGGACUAGGCUUACAAGUUUAUCAUGCAAGCAUAUCAAGUGUGAAAGAGUUGAUGAUUCAAGAUGUUGUGGCAAGAGUGCCUUACGGGUUCACCAGUGAGGAAGCCAUGAGAACUGGUAUUAUAAAAAGAUGGCACAACUAGAAAAUAGCUUCCUUAGGUAAUGAUGAUUUUUCAUUCUUGUUUAGUAGUCUUUGUGGUAAUAAAUGUAACAUAUGACCGUAUUAUUCUAUAAUCACUCGUUGUAAUCAUUCAAAAUGGUUGUUAGUCAAUAAUCAAGCGAGACUUGUGUUCCGAUGUU